AUGGAAUCAAUUAGGGUUCUAGAAACCCAAUUCCAAUCUUCUCAACUCGAGAAUUUCCAGUUUCGUGAUGCUCAAAAUGUAGAAUCUAACAGUUCUAAUGAUCACCCAACUCCCGAAAGAAACGAAAAAGAAACUAGCGAGGAGUUGCAACCCGUUACUGAGAAAAACUAUCCUCCUGGAUUCUCCCUCCAACAACAACAAUUGUUUAGUGUUGAAGACUCACCGCCUCAUAGAAAAAGAAAAAGAAAGAAAGCGACAUCGGCAUCAUCAACAGAAAAUGAAAUGUUUGAUCUCGUCAAACAAAUUGCUGGGAUCAAGGCUGCAACCGAAACAGAGGUGGAACAAAGACAACAAUAUCGGGAACAAAAAUUGCGAAUUCUCGAAGCAAAUGAAGAACGGAAAGCUCAACUGUUAGAUCGGGAGAUAGAGAACCAACAUAUGAAGUAUUUUCUCCGACCACAUGAUCAUUUGACUGGAGGUCUUUUACGCACAGUGCUUUUGAAAGGGAACGACAAAUUACAACUAAGUAUGGGUGGGAGUUGGAGAACCCGUGAAGUUCAAAAUGCCGGCAUCAUUUGA